UCCUCCGCUUCUGCGUGACAUAAAACUGCCAGCCAUGGAUCCCAACACGCCCUUAAAGGAGCUCGACCCGCAACCCAUUGACUCGCCCGUGUCCAGUAGACCCUUUGGCAUCACGACGGCGCCGCCAACGACGCUGCCCAUGCGACCGGCCAUGGACCAGCAGCAGAUGAACCACUCGGGCUCCGGCGUGGACCUCCCCAGGGCGACGCCCGUCUCGCGCUCCGCCGAGUUCAAGGCCAGCGACUUCCCGCCCAAGCCCAAUGACUACCCCAAGGCCGCCGCCAGCGACUAUCCCAAGGCGCACGACUUCCCGCCGCGGCCGUAUGAGUACCACCAGUACCCGGCCCAGCGGCCGAUGCAGCAGCUGCAGUCGCCGUACAGGCCCGCGGUGCCCCAGGGGCUGGGCAUGGAGGACGUCAAGGCCAGCUGCCAGCGCAACCUCAAGCACCUCAUCUACCUGCAGAACCAGCGCCGCGCCUUUGGCUACUCGUCGCAGGCCGUGGACCUGGAGUGGCAGAUCCGCAGCCAGACGGGCGUCCUGAUCGGCGAGCUGCGGACGCUGCAGGACGAGGUCCGCCGGAUGGUCAAGAACGCCAAGAAUCACCGCUGGCGACGAUGGCUGUUUGGAGGAAUCCUCGCAACCUUCAUCCCUGCCGUGCGCAAGCUGUUCCGGCGCGGCACAGACGCAGAUUCGCUGGUCUCAUCCAACAACACCGAGUACGCGUUCCGCAAGUCAAAGGGCCUCCUGCAGCGGAUCAAGGACUCGGUGCUCGGCCACGGCCACCUGGCCAGCAUUGCCUUCUUCGUCUUUUCCGUCCUGUACGUGUUCCAGAACGAGGUGACGCUGCGGGUGGCCAAGACGGUGCAGAAGCGCCUCAAGAAGCUGUCGCAGCGCCUCGAGUACAGCAGCCAGGAGAUUGAAGAGCGGGACCUGAAGACGCUUGAGGGAUGGAGAUGGCGGGUGAUUCUGUGGUGAAGUC